GAACCAAGUGCCCUAAUCAAAGCUCUCUCAACUGAUCCGGAGUAUUUGAAGAACAAGGCUUCUGAUUCAAACCAAGUGGUGGACUACAAAGACUGGCAAAUAGCAUUGAGCCGACGUUUCCGAGCAAUGAAGCUAUGGCUUGUGCUCAGAAGCUAUGGCGUAUCAAACCUAAGAAACUUCAUAAGGGGUGAAGAAGAUGCAAAUGAAUUCAACAGAAAGCUUUUGGAAUCCAUUAAUGCGACAGGGAGAGUGUACAUGACACAUGCUGUGGUUUGGGGAGUGUACGUGAUAAGGCUUGCUGUUGGAGCAACACUUACAGACUAUUGCCAUGUGAACAAGGCUUCGAAGGAGAUACAAGAGCAUGCACAUACCAUGCAAAGUUAG